AUGGGUAUUCGUGGGCUGUCAACCUACAUAAACCAGAACUCGCAUUAUUUUCUGGAGCCCUACCAGCUUCACGACACGGAUUUAGUGAUCGACGGUGUAAACGUCUACUGCAAUGUUUAUCGCGCGACCGACAAACAACGCGGAAGCUUUGGCGGACAGUACGACAUCUUCGCCGAGGCCCUGAAAACCUUCUUCGAGGCCCUCCUGCUCUGCAACAUUCGGCCCAUAAUCAUCCUGGACUCCGUCGACGCCCUCAGCAAAGACCAAUACGUCCGUAAAUUCCAAGACAAACUCACAAAUUCGAUAUCGUCAGACUGCACAAUGCAGCACCUCAUGAAGGAUGUUUUCCUGAGUGUAAUCGACAGUUUAAAACUCAAAUGCGUCCAAACGAUAAUGGAGGCCGACGAAACCAUGGUGGCAGUUGCCAAAGCCCUCGACUGCCCCGUGCUUUCACAAGACGGAGACUUCUACAUCCAGGGGACAAAGUUCAUCCACUGGAACACAUUGUUGCGGACCCCGCGAUCCACAGGGGAAGGGCACUCCAAGACACAUUGGUUGUCAUGCCAGAUGUAUAGCGUCCAAAAAUUCUGCAGAAAGUUCGACAAUCUCUAUGCGUCUCUACUUCCGCUCGGGCUGACAAUUCUCGGGACGAAGGAUGGGCGCGGUCGUUUGGACGCUGAUAUGAUGGGGUCAUUCGUCAGCCAUAUAAAUGCAUCAAUCCACAGUGCAGUCAGAAACUUUCAUCAACGCAAGAUCGAGAAGACAUUCAGAUGGCUGAGUAAGUUUUCGUCAUUGCGGGCGGCUGUGGCGGAUCUUCUCUACUACGUCGAGGCGAGGCACAGGCCGACUGUUCGUGAGGAAAUUGAGAAGAGCAUCGCUGCGCUUGGCUUUGGAUCCCCUCUGGCCCUUCGUGCCCUGGAGCUUCCUGAGGAGGUGGUUCUCAAGAUUCUUGACGAGAAUGACAGGAAGACAAUGGCGUUGGGGGGAAUCACUGCCACGAAGGCGAUGGAAAGUGGCAAGAUGCAGAUGUCUUACGAGUAUUCUGAGCAAGAGCUCGUUGAGAUGUCCCCGAAAUGGCUGAUCGAGGAUCUUCUGAGGGCAAAGGUCCGCGAGCUUCCCUUCGAGAUGAUGAUGUUCUCAGCGGCGAUUCUCAAACCCACGAAUGAGGCCCUCGCCUAUCCCCCCACUUGCAUUCCCAGUGUUCCUAUUCUCAAGGCCAUGUUCAGCUUGGUCAGCUCUCUGCGGGGCAAUGGUGAGAACGUCUUGGAGUUGUAUUACGCUAGGUACAACAAGGUAGUGAUGGAAGAGAUCAAGGUUGAGGCGUCGACGGUUGACUUGAGAGAUAUGAAGGAGCUGAAGUUGGAGGAGAGGAAGAGGUUCUUAGAUGAGGCUCUGGGGGUCGAGGGAGUUGGGGUGUUGGACGAACUUCCGGAGGAGUGGAGGCUCUACGUGGCGACGUUGGUCUUCUGGAUGAGGCAGCAGAAGGCUCUUCCUGAGAAGAUUGAGGCUCAUGCGCUCUCGGUGAUCAUGACCAUGUUGGUCGGCGUCAUUGAUGGGGAGAUUGGAGUCGUCAGGUCGAAGGAGAAGUUUCAUGAAGAGUUUGGAGAGCGGUGGAGGGACAUCUUGAUGCAGCCCAAGGACGAUCGGAGGGGGAUGAAGGACGCGAGGCUCACGGAAGUGAUGGAGAUGGUGACCGAGGAGGAGUGCAUCGCGGCUGCACUGUUCUUCAUCGAACUGUUCCAGGAGGGGCAGUACAUUAGGAAUCCUUCAACAGUCGUCAUCCACACGUUCACGCAGUUUCACGGAUGCUUGAAGAGUGCUAUUCUCUUGAAUUCCAUUCUGGAUUUUCCGUAUGCGCAAGUGCCAGUGCACAGGGUUUUCAAUGGGCUGUUGUUUUAUAAGGUAUUUGAGGUUUUUUCGAAGAAGCAGGACGUCGAUUCAUUUGUGGCGGAGAAGUUGGACCGCUCACCUACGCUGGUGAGGAUUUUCGGGAUGUUGAAGGGCAUGGUGUUGACGAUUUUGAACACGAAAAAUUGA